UUAUUGUUGUUGUAUGGUUGAACUUGAAGAAAAUGGCCGCGAAUAAUUAUUUUGGGUUUACGACUGGGGCAGGCCGUGGAAGCCAGUAUGGAACUGACAAAACCAGUUUACAGUCCAGUCAAGCCAUUUCAUCCGGAGGUUAUGGUGUUGGGGGUCAGCAGUUUUCAACACAGUCUUUAUCUGCAGGAACACGAUCACGCAUGUCCAAAUAUGAAAGUGUUCAAACAGUGGGACAUAGAACUGUCUACACUUACAGUCCUCAUCCACAGUCUGCAUACGAGAAGUCGCAUACUUACUACCCUCAGGUUGCUCAAACAGAUUAUGCAACCAUGGAAACUCAAAAUCAAAACUAUCAAGCAGGCAACUUUUUCUAUGGAUUUGGACCUAGUACUGCUGCCUACAGUGGAAAUAAAAAUAAAAACACAAAUAAAAUGUCAAACGCUGGUGGUUUCUUCGAUCUUUCAUUAAUAAAUGACUAUUAUGAAAACAGAGCAACCAAGCCAACACAUUUGACCAAAACAUCCAAUGUAUCUCAGCGGCAAAGCCAGAAGUUUCAAACACCCUAUAAUGUCUCAAACUUUGUAGGGGCUGGACGUGGAUCGUUAAGGAACAACUGUGGUGACACCUACAGUACACAAAUGAAAACUUGUGUCCAGGAGCCUAGAGAUACUUAUUUAGGUUUUGGGGGAAGCAAUAUGAACACAGAAAGUCUGCAUAGCAACACUAGUGGGCCAGGAAUGAACCAUAAGACUAAAUCUAGUAAUUGGGGUAGCUUUAAGAAAGGUUUUAGGAAGCCCCAGAGUCAAAAAACUCCCAAAACUCCUCAAGUUCAUUACUGUGAUGUGUGUAAGGUUAGCUGUGCAGGACCUCAGACCUAUAAAGAACACAUUGAGGGACAGAAACACAAAAAGAGAGAGGCUUUACUAAAGGCGGGUAACGUUGUACCCCAAUCUAGCCGAGGAGGUACCAGUCUCAGAUGUGAGUUGUGUGACGUAACUUGUACGGGAACUGACGCUUAUGCUGCACACAUUCGAGGGGCCAAGCACCAAAAGGUGGUAAAGUUACAUACAAAAUUAGGAAAGCCAAUCCCUUCUCCAGAGCCUGUUGUGGUACCUAACCCGGAGAGUGUUGCUGUUACGACAUCGAGUAACAAUGCUAGAGGAGAAGUGAAAAUGGUGUGUGAAGAAGAGAAGGUAGCAGCUUCAAAGAAAGUGGUAGGAACUCCAAAAAUAAACUUUGUUGGUGGGACCAUGCUGAGUAGCAUGAAACAAAAGAACCUUAAUAAAGAAGGAGAUGACAAGACUAAUCUUAUCAAGGAAGAUGAUAAGGCAGAAAUUCAACCAGUUGGUGAGUGAUAUAUAUAUAUAAAUAAUCGGAAGUGGAGC